AUGGCGUCGAGGCGCCGUCCAAGUGUGGACCAGGAAGAGACCCAGGCGGCUAUGGAAGUUGCCGUCGGAUUGCAAUCUACAGGUGCCAAACUCGUGUGUAUUGAUUUUGAUGCCACAUUUGUGACUGUACACACGGGCGGUCUAUGGGCCGCUUCGGCUCUGGAACUGCGUACAUACGUCCGUCGUUUCUUCCUCCUACUUGUACCGCUAUUGUGUGAGGCCCAUGUAAAUGUAGCCAUUGUAACCUUUAGUCCACAAGUCGAGUUGAUCCAGGACGUGCUCCGUCUGAGCUUUAGUGAUCAAGUAGUGAGUCAACUUGUGGUUCGAGGCGACGACCGUUCCUGGUCCUUGACACAAGACCAGACGGCGUCUUUUUUGCCACUUUGGCAGACGGAUGGACGUCAUUUGAAUCGCAAAUUCAAACUGCCUUUUAUGAUCUCUGCUGCACUUGAGGUCCAGCAAAGAUCAGGGGACAUUAUCUGCAAUCGGGACACGGUGCUGGUGGACGAUGACGUUGUGAAUAUCCGAGUUGCCAACGACAGCGGCGUCGUUGGGGUCUUUUUUGACCCAGAGGAACAGGACAUCAAGUUGUUCUGCAAGAGAAUCCAAAAAUUGCAUACAUCAGAGCCAGAGUUGGAGCCGACGCCGUUGAGAACCCCAAGUAAAAAGCCUCGGUCAGGAUCAGGUAAUCUCAAGCUCGUGGCCAAGUCAAGCCACAAAUUUCUGUCUACAAGUAGUGGCAGUGGAGCGAGGAGAAGGCUGCGUGUAGCUCCUGGAGGUGGAAACGGACGGCCAUCGUCGACGUUUAGCAUGUGCACACCGUCCCCGGUGAUGAAGUUGAAGUGCAGCGUGGAGAUGGGGCGACCAAGGCCCAAGCGAGCAUCGAGAAUUCUGAGGAAUUACAGCAAAGAGAUGGAGGCGGCUCUGCCGGCAGUUGCAGAGACGUCGACGUUUUUGGUUGAGGAUGUGCCCAAAACUCCCACGAAACAAACAGGUUCAUUGCGAGAAGCGUCCGAGACCCGAGAAAUUGAGACGUCGCCUAUUGUAUACAAGAUGUAG